AUGGGAAGAUCCCCUUGUUGCUCUAAAGUUGGGUUGAAGAGAGGACCGUGGUCAACCGAAGAAGACACUCUUCUAGCUAAUUACAUUCAAGAACAUGGUGAAGGCCAUUGGAGAUCUCUUCCUCAGAAAGCUGGGCUAUUGAGAUGUGGGAAGAGUUGCAGGUUGCGAUGGAUGAACUAUCUCCGGCCGGGAAUAAAGAGAGGAAACAUUUCCACUGAUGAAGAAGACCUAAUAAUUAGGCUUCAUUCACUCCUUGGCAAUCGAUGGUCACUAAUUGCCGGAAGAUUGCCAGGUCGAACGGACAAUGAGAUCAAAAACCACUGGAAUACCCACCUCCUUAAAAAGCUCAAUACUGCCGGAAUACAACCUAAACCUCACAAAGAUUUACCCAAACCCCCAAAAAAAUCCAAUAAAUCAACACCUCCGGCCGCCGGCGCCAAGAAGAAGAAGACCAAAACUACUGCAGCGGCUCCUAAAACCACUGUUUAUUUACCAAAACCCAUCCGGUUUUCUUCAGCGUUUCCUAGAAAUAACAGCUGUGACAGUUUAUUAGUGAGUGGCUCAGGUUCAUCAUCAAAUGAAGGAGAUAAUAAUGUGGAAAAGGAGAAUGCAGUUUUGAAAGUAUCGUAUGUGCCGUGCCCUUUGUUUGAAUUAGAUGGAGAUGAAAAUUAUGAUCGAGUUGGAGUUUAUGGUGAUGAUCAAGAUUUUCUCAACCUGCCAUUAAUCCAUCAUUCAGAUUUUUACGACGAUGUAAAUAUGCUUGAUAAAGUCUACGAUGAGUAUUUGCAGCUUCUGUAA